AUGUCUCGAUAUUCGACUCCUCUUAGUUCUCCGGUCAAGUCAAACAACACGCCUGUCAAGAAUAACAGCGCAUCCGCUAGGAAUAGUAGCUUUCUGAGCCCACAGACGAAACAGGCCAAGUCGCGAGCGAGGCGCGAACCAUCUGGUUGGUCUCUCAUAGCUCACGCAUUUCUGGUUCAACAAUUCAAAGAGGCAUUCUCACUCAUUGACCAGGAUGGAGACGGCAUUGUAGACGAAGCAGAUUUAAAGAACAUAUUUGGGAGUUUGGGCAUUGUACCCACGCAGCGCAUGCUCGACUCGUUACUUACAGCCCGUCCUGGCGGAGGUUCAAAUAUCAUGCCUCACCCAGCAGACCAUUCAUCUCGAAAUCCAGGGCCAAAAGAACGCGGCAUCAAUUUUACCAUGUUCCUCACGAUGAUGGGCGAACAUUUACUUGAGCUCGAUCCUGAAGCGGAGCUGAUCGAGGCAUUUGAGUGUUUUGACGAUGACCGCAUGAGCGAUGAUGAGAUUGAGCGUUUCUUGAAAGGGUCAUUCAUGGACCGGCAAGGGAACUUUAACUACAGGGAAUGGGUCAAAGUAUUACGCGUCAACGAAGAGAAUGAGGAAGAGUCAUGA